AUGACUAUGAAUACCGACCAAGCUGUACAAUAUUUGGACGGAUUGAUUGGUCAGCAAUUACGAGUUCACACGACUGACAGCCGCAUGUUCGUUGGUAUCUUUAAAUGUACUGAUGCUGAACGAAACAUCAUCCUUGCCAACUCCCUGGAAUAUCGUCUUCCCACCCCUUCCGCCAUCCAAGCAGCUGCCGACUCGUGGGAGAAGAAAUCAGAGGGACAGAGCGCCACGAUCAAGGUCAACAUGACACACCGGCUUAUUGGACUCAUCGUAGUCCCAGGUCGUCACAUUACGAAGAUCGAACUGGAAUAG